AGAACUGUCGCAAAGAUCACUUCACAGUGAAGAGAGAGAGCUCCGUUAUUGUUAUUUUGAUUAAGCAUGAGUUUUCGACCGGACACCAGCGCUCCUCCCAUCCAGGACAUGCCGCCGCCCGGUGGGUUCCCGGCGGUCGAUCUUAAACGUACCGCUAGAGCACGUGGUCCAUCUGGAGGAACAAUCUGGGCCGUAGCUUCGUUGAGUAUUGCUUACGGCAUGUAUCGCUUAGGACAGCAAAACCGGGAACGCGCGACAGAAAUGUUUGAAGAACGAAAGAGCCGAUACGCAGUGGCUCCCAUUCUACAAGCUGAAGAAGACAAAUGGUAUGCAGAGCGUGAAGCGGAUAUCACUGCCAAGGAGGCAGAAAUUAUGAAGAACGUUAGCGGCUGGAAGGCAGGUGAAAGUGUCUACCACAGCACGAAUCGCUGGGUGCCUCGUCCCGUAAUGCCCUUGAACAAAAACCUGAAAAAGUAAACAUCUUUCUUUUGCAAGUAGUCUAAAAAGUGUUUUACAGUUAACCCAUAAUGAGAAUGAGCGUUCUUC